GCGCCCCUCAAUCUCUGUGACUCUUGAGCCCGGUUUGGAGAGAGGAGUCCCGUGGGGUCGUGACCUCUACACCUUUGUAACUUCAGCAGCAGGUCACAUGAUGAGGACUCUUCAGAAACCCAGAAAGAACCGACCUUCCAAACGACAGGUCAACCACCGUCGCUUCCUGCACAACAUGAUCCAGAGAAAGUUUGCGGACAUUGAGGCAGCAAACCAUCGGCUGGCAUCUGCCCUUUGUUUUAGGGAGGAGGAACAAAACGCGUCCUCUCCGCCCUCCCAGCAUCCGGAGACACUUGACCAGUCAGGUGGCCCGCCGGGUUGUUAUCUACAAGACCCAGAUAAACGCACAGAUGUAGAUGGCAUCUCUAAGACCGGGACUGAUGUCUCAGUUGCCUCACAGGAAACAGAAAUCAGCGAAAAUAAGCAGCCAGAUUCGACACAUCUUUGGAAACGACACCAGAAAUCACAGCGCGCCACCGGCACCGGUAGAGAGAACAACCAUAACACGGAGAGACAGAAAAAAGAGAAGGUGAAUCGUCUAUUGUCCUCAUCAUCGACGAGUUCCCCAAAAAGUGCAGACGAUCACCACAGGGCAGAGCUUCUUGAUAGCGAGUGUUAUGACAAUGAGAGCCAUCGGAAGUCAGCCAACAACCUCUCAGAAGACUCUCCGUCCACUCAGCAGGAGUCAGAUCUUCUCCAAUUUAACCAAAAUGUGGACACCUCUCCUUCCUCCUCUCCAGAGCUCUCUCCGCUGUCUCUAGACUCGUGUGACUUCUCCAUCCAGAUGUUCACAGACAUCUCAACUCGCCUGCAGGCUCAGAAGAGCAUUUCUGGCAUUUCAGAGAGUCAGUGGACAGACAUCUUGGAUAUUUUCAGUGUUGGCAGUAAGGAUCCAGGAGGCUGCAUGGAUGUGGAGACCUACUUUGAGAGUAUCUGCGCAUGCCAAGGGGACGCCGGGCAGGAAGUCGUUGCCGAUGGAUUUGCAGAUCAGUCAGAAAGUUUGGGAAAAAUAUCUGAGAUGGAGGACCUACGCUGUGAGACCGGUGAGUACAGAUAUCAAUACCGUUGUCAUGGAGAUUGGGGUUCGACACCAAAUCGCUUCCAGAGUCCUCGGAGGAGCUUUCAGGUACCCAAAGGAAACGGAGACCCUGCCGAGACACAGUUUAACCAUUUCAAGCCAAACCAAGAGACGGAAGUCGUCCAGGAUGAGUUCCCCACACCAGUCGCCUACCACUACCACAACCAGCAUCCUCAGGUUGAGAGUUCCUGUAUGCUGGUAAACUGCGAAAAUAACCAAAACCUUACACCGUUUGAGGGCGUCGCUCAAUCCUUCUCUGUCCCGCUGCAUAAUCCAGAGUACCGCCCCAUUCCAACGCCGCCGCAUGAGGACGAGUGGCUUUUCACCGAUAUCUUAAAGGACAGGAAGUCACUGGACUGCUAGGAGAACGUGGGUUCUUAGUGAGCGGUUUGUUAAAUGUUGAGGGGGUGAGACAGUGGAGUGUGUACGGACCAUCGCUUCCUCAUUUUAUGGGACCAAGAACAAUCCAGCAUUUUUUAUUUAAAGCAUUACACGGGACUUUCUUUGUGAUUUUUUUUUCUGUCAUAUAUCCG